AUGACCCAACCUUGGAAAUUUUCUGAAUCAUCACAGGAUUUAUUAGAACGCUUUGUAAAAUCCAGCGAAAAAAUCGGCAGAAACAAAUGGGUGAGGAAAUUCGGCCACAGAACAACCGAGCUUUUAGAGAGUUAUCACAUAACAGUUGUUGAUAGAGACGAUACUUUUGUGAUCAGUAGUGACGAAAGUUCAUCAGACACCAUCAUAACCGGUGAUAAAAAUAAUGAAGUCGAUGAAAUCCAAAGCAUUGCCGACAAAUUCAGUCAGGACGUAGCUGUUAGAGAACCAGUCUCUCACAUUGAUUAUAUCAUGAAGAAAUGCUACAAAGAUCCGAAAAAUUACAAUCUAUUAGCCGACAGCCUGUCCGAAGCUGAUAUGGAAAAAUUCUUGGAACACAUCCUCAAUAAUGCUGUAGACAACACAUUUACAGAGAGAAUCCUCACAGAAUUACUGCCGACCUACCUCAAGAAAUAUCCAUCAAGAAAUUCCAUAGAUUUAUUUAUAAAGACGAGGGAUAAGAAUAUAUUUAAGCAUAUAUUAGAAAUUAUAAUGAAAGAUAUUGAGAUAGAAAGAGUAAUAUUGCAGGAAUAUACUUCGCUACUUAAGAGUACCGAGAAGUCCGACUUGUUGAACAAUAUUAUAACAUUUAAUAUAUCGGAUGAAGUUUUCACACAUCACCUUGAAACAAUCCUAAUGAUUUAUAAAGAUUGCAACAAAACCAAAGAUAUUAAUCACUUCAUACUAACAAAGCUGACCCAGACAGCACAAAAUGGUGCAAAUGAUAAAAAUUAUGGCCGUCUCUUGCAUUUGUAUCUACAAAAUAUUAAACAUAAUCCCGAAGAAGCUGCUAGUUGUUUAGAAAAUUUAGAAAAAGUGAUCGACAUACACCAGUCCCCGUUCAGAAGACCAUGUGUUAAUACAUUCAAUGAUAUUAAAAGAUAUAUUUUUGCAUAG